GUUAAGCAUAGUAGAGCUCGUUGAUUAUGGUAUUCUUGACUUUAGCGCUACUGGGCGUGGCCGUGGCAUUAGCCUACAGCUUUUACCAGUCCACCUACAAUUACUGGAAGCAACGCGGCGUGCCACAUGAGCGCCCGCUGCUCUUCUUCGGCAACAUGAAGGGCAUAGGCAGCAAAUUACAUUUUCGUGAUGUUAAUCAACGCGUCUAUGCGCGAUUUAAGGGCAAGACGCCAUUUGCUGGCAUGUUUCAGUUUCUGAAGCGUGUAGCAUUCAUUAUAGACUUGGAUUUGGUCAAGCAGGUGCUGAUAAAGGAUUUCAACAAGUUUCAAGAUCGCGGCAUAUUCAACAAUGUGCGUGAUGAUCCGCUAACUGGUCAUCUGUUUACGCUUGAGGGCGACGAGUGGCGCUCCAUGCGGCACAAGCUGACGCCGGUGUUUACGUCUGGCAAAAUGAAGCACAUGUUUGGCAUUGUAGUCGAGGUGGGUCAGCGACUGGGCGAUACGGUGGAUAAGGCAGUGAGUGCUGCUGUUGUAGACGAUGGCGAUGUGGAGAUCAAGGAGCUUUGCGCGCGCUACACCACCGACGUUAUAGGCAGCUGCGCCUUUGGCAUUGACUGCAACAGCUUGGCGGAUCCGCAUGCCGAGUUUCGUGCCAAGGGCAGAAUGAUCUUUGAAAAGCCACGCCAUCAUCAGCUGGUGCAGGCUUUUAUCUUUACCAAUGCCAAUCUCUCCAGAAAGUUGCGUCUGAAAGUGUUGCCCGAUGAGCUGUCGAGCUACUUUAUGGAAGCUGUGCGCAAUACAGUGGACUAUCGCAUGAAGCACAACAUCAAGCGUCAUGACUUUUUGGAUCAACUAAUCGAACUGCGUGCGGAGGAUCAGCUGGCAGCGCAGCAGACUAAAGGCAUUGAUCUAUCCAAGGGCUUGACAAUUGAGCAAAUGGCAGCACAAGCUUUUGUAUUCUUUGUAGCUGGCUUCGAGACCUCAUCCAGCACCAUGGGCUUUUGUCUAUACGAGCUGGCACUGCAGCCAGAUGUGCAGCAAAAGCUACGCGAGGAAAUCGAAACAGUACUCGGCGACGCAGAGCUUACCUAUGAAGCCUUAGGCGAGCUAACCUAUUUGGAGCAGGUGCUAGCAGAAACUCUACGCAAGCAUUCCAUACUACCGCAUCUUUUGAGAGAAGCCAACCAGGACUAUGCAGUGCCUAACACAAAUUUUAUUAUUGAAAAGGGCACAUCGAUUGUCAUACCUGUCUAUGCCAUACAUCGUGAUCCCGAAAUAUAUCCUGAUCCAGAGCGCUUCGAUCCAGCGCGCUUCGAGCCGGAAGCUAUUAAGGCUAGACAUCCUUUUGCCUAUUUGCCAUUUGGGGACGGUCCUCGCAACUGCAUUGGCGAACGCUUUGGUAAAAUGCAGGCCAAGAUUGGACUCGUUUCAUUAUUGCGUCGCUUCAAGUUCAGCGCCUCCAAGCAAACGGAGGUGCCUUUGGAACUAGAAAAUCGCAGCUUUGUCACAUCUUCUAAGCGUGGCAUUCACCUGAAGGUUGAGAGACUUUAAAUAAAAGUUUCUAUUAACUGAGUCAGGCAAUUUGCAAACAAAGUAUAAUCAUUUUAGAUAAUCAAACUACUACCUCAGCAAACUAACAGACAUAUAUAUAAAAG